AUGGAUCCUGAUGCUCAAGUUAGUAUUCUCGCUGAUGGGGACGAGGAUAAAAAGUUUGAGGAUUUCAAUGUCGGGGAUUUGUAUAUCAAGAAGGUGCUGCCAGCAAGACCGAAACAUCCUACGAGUAUUAAGUACCGUGAUGUACCGGAAGACCAGUGGAAGUACAAGUUCUUGUUGGAGUAG